CCAAGGUAGGGGGUCGGGAGCAGUUAGAUUUUUCCUCUGACCGUGGAGGAGGUGGAGUGAAUUGCUGGAGAUUUACAUAUUUUCCUCUGACUGUCGACCAAUAUAUUGGUUUAGAACAAUUGACGGAAGAAGAGGAUAAUCAUUUUUUAUAUCGGAUUAGGAAGCUGUGCAGGCUGCAGGCUUUGAAAGAAACAUGGCGACCCAAUCUGAUCUGAUGGAACUGGACAUGGCCAUGGAGCCUGACCGUAAAGCAGCUGUGAGCCAGUGGCAGCAGCAGUCCUACCUGGACUCAGGCAUCCACUCUGGGGCCACCACCACCGCGCCCUCCCUCAGCGGGAAGGGCAACCCAGAGGAGGACGAUGUGGACAACCAGGUGCUCUAUGAGUGGGAGCAGGGCUUCAACCAGUCUUUCUCUCAGGACCAGGUGGCAGACAUUGAUGGGCAGUAUGCCAUGACCAGAGCCCAAAGGGUUCGGGCAGCGAUGUUCCCCGAGACUCUGGACGAGGGCAUGCAGAUUCCCUCCACGCAGUUUGACGGAGCCCAGCCCACUAACGUCCAGCGCUUGGCCGAACCCUCACAGAUGCUGAAGCAUGCCGUGGUCAACCUGAUCAACUACCAGGAUGACGCCGAGCUGGCCACAAGGGCCAUCCCAGAACUGACCAAACUCCUGAACGACGAGGACCAGGUGGUGGUGAACAAGGCGUCGGUGAUGGUGCACCAGCUCUCCAAGAAGGAGGCGUCCCGUCACGCCAUCAUGCGCUCCCCUCAGAUGGUGUCUGCCAUCGUGAGGACCAUGCAGAACACCAGCGACGUGGAGACAGCCCGCUGCACCGCCGGAACUCUACACAACCUGUCCCACCACAGAGAGGGCCUGCUCGCCAUCUUCAAGUCCGGAGGCAUCCCCGCGCUCGUCAAAAUGCUGGGUUCCCCAGUGGACUCUGUGCUGUUCUAUGCCAUUACGACUCUACACAACCUGCUGCUGCACCAGGAAGGAGCCAAGAUGGCCGUGCGCUUGGCCGGAGGCCUACAGAAAAUGGUUGCCUUGCUAAACAAAACAAACGUCAAGUUCCUCGCCAUCACAACAGACUGCCUUCAGAUCCUGGCCUACGGAAACCAAGAAAGCAAACUCAUCAUCUUGGCCAGUGGAGGUCCCCAGGCUUUGGUGAACAUCAUGAGGACCUACACAUAUGAGAAGCUGCUCUGGACCACCAGUAGAGUUCUCAAAGUGCUGUCAGUCUGCUCCAGCAACAAACCCGCCAUCGUGGAGGCCGGUGGCAUGCAGGCUCUGGGUCUUCAUCUGACCGACCCCAGUCAACGCUUGGUUCAGAACUGUCUGUGGACCCUCAGGAACCUGUCGGACGCUGCCACCAAACAGACGACCUUAGCAGAAGUAGAUGUGAUGCAGGAGGGCAUGGAGGGAUUGCUUGGCACCCUGGUUCAGCUCUUGGGCUCUGACGACAUCAACGUAGUCACCUGUGCCGCUGGUAUUCUGUCUAACCUCACCUGCAACAACUACAAGAACAAGAUGAUGGUGUGUCAGGUGGGUGGCAUCGAGGCGCUGGUCCGCACCGUGCUCCGUGCCGGUGACCGCGAGGACAUCACCGAACCGGCCAUCUGUGCCCUGCGUCACCUCACCAGCCGACACCAGGAUGCCGAGAUGGCCCAGAAUGCCGUGCGCCUGCAUUACGGCCUCCCAGUGGUGGUCAAACUGCUCCACCCACCAUCCCAUUGGCCGCUGAUCAAGGCUACAGUAGGGCUGAUCCGUAACCUUGCCCUGUGCCCCGCCAACCACGCCCCACUGCGUGAGCAGGGUGCCAUCCCACGGCUGGUGCAGCUGCUAGUGAGAGCCCAUCAGGACACCCAGAGACGCACCUCUAUGGGUGGCACACAGCAGCAGUUUGUGGAGGGAGUGCGUAUGGAGGAGAUUGUAGAGGGCUGCACUGGAGCUCUGCACAUCUUAGCCAGAGACAUUCACAACCGAAUCGUCAUCAGAGGGCUCAACACCAUUCCACUCUUUGUCCAGCUCCUCUACUCCCCUAUCGAGAACAUCCAGCGUGUGGCUGCAGGCGUGCUGUGCGAGCUGGCCCAGGAUAAGGAGGCGGCCGAAGCCAUUGAGGCAGAGGGAGCCACCGCUCCACUUACAGAGCUGCUCCACUCCAGAAACGAAGGAGUUGCGACGUACGCCGCGGCGGUGCUGUUCCGCAUGUCUGAGGAUAAGCCCCAGGACUACAAGAAGCGGUUGUCUGUGGAGCUCACCAGCUCCCUGUUCAGGACGGAGCCCAUGACCUGGAACGAGACUGGAGAUCUUGGCCUGGACAUUGGAGCACAGGGAGAGCCAUUGGGCUACAGACCAGAUGACCCUAGCUACCGCUCUUUCCACUCCGGUGGGUACGGGCAGGACGCCAUGGGCAUGGAUCCAAUGAUGGACCACGACAUGGGUGGGCACCACCCCGGCCCAGAGUACCCGGUCGACGGCCUCCCAGACCUCGGCCACGCCCAAGACCUGAUCGAUGGCCUUCCGCCAGGCGACAGCAAUCAGUUGGCUUGGUUUGAUACUGAUCUGUAAAUAAAACUACUUUUUAGCUGUCUCGUCUGAACUGAAUGAACCCGCAUUGUGAUUUGGCCUGUGGUGUUGAUGAGUGGUCUCCAGAGAGUGGGCUAAUUUCUCAGAAAGUGCCUGACACACUAAUUCAAGCUGAGUUUCCUAUGGGAACAAGUGGAAGUAAAACUUUAUGUUCUGGUCCUUGUCGGUCGGAGGUUUUAUCUGCAUAUGGAGUCUGUGGAGUGGGUGAUUCGAAGAAUGAAGCCCAAGAGGUGUGGAUCCCAAGAUGGAAUUUUCAAUCCUAGCCUUGCCUGUAUUUUUUAUCACGUUUUCUUUUCUCUCUCUCUUUUCUUUUUCUUUUUUUUUUAAACAAAAUUCUUCAGUCUGUAAUGGUACUUAUCUAGCUUGCUUUUAAGGUAUUUGUCUUUUACUUUGCAGGAAUUUGUAUUCCUUUAAAGUCUCUCUCUCUCUCUCAUAUAGUGUUAAGUUAUAGUGGUAAAAUGCUCCAUCGGUUUUAAGAUUUUAUCCAGUUAUGGUGUAGAACACUAAUAAUCAGUUGAAUUGUAUUCUGAUCAAGUGUAACAUUGUGUAGCUUUUGUAUAAAAAAAAAACCAAGAAUUGGAAAUGGUCCAAAUAUCAAGUUUCUUGCUUUAAUGAAAUCACUGUUUCCAGUGUCUCAGAUGUUCCAAAGGUUCUGCAAUCUGUGGGGGCCAGUUCUUUUUUUUUUUUCUUUUGGGUUUUUUUAUUUUUACUUUUGAUGGUAGCUAUAGAAGGUUUUGAAAAGAACCCCUAACUGUUGUAGCCUGUUGCGUUUAUUGGAGACAUGGUAAUGACAUGGCUAAUAAAAUGGACUUAAAUUUGA